AUGGCGGAUGUACUCUACAGGGCUACCAAGUAUAUGAAUGCAGAAGACGCACUGUUGGCCCGCAAAGAGAAACCUAAGAAGAGGGAUAGGCAGGAGGAUGUGCGACAAGAUAGGGGGCGAAAGGUCGCUAGAACCGAGGAUCAGCGGAAGUUGAAAGGAGAUCCCAACAAAAGACCGAGGGACAAGUAUUGUCGCUUUCACCGGGACUACGGGCAUGACACUGCCAACUGCUAUGACCUGAAGCAGCAGAUUGAGGCACUGAUCAGACAGGGAAAGUUACAAAGGUUCGUCAGCAGGGAAAAGACCGACAAAUCGGAAGAACAAACCCCACGACGGGAGAACGAGCGCCCCAGACCACCAAUAGGGGACAUUCAGAUGAUAAUAGGGGGCACAGCUGCAGCCGGGUCUUCCAAAAAAGCCCGCAAAACCUAUCUUAGGACGGUCCAUAGCGUCCAACUCACAGGAUCCGUACCGAAGAUGCCGCGAAUAGGUAAUCCCGUCAUACACUUUUCAGAGGAUGAUGCUCGGAGACUUCACUAUCCUCAUGACGAUGCGCUGGUGGUCAGCCUACAAAUUGGGGAUUAUAAUAUGCAUCGGGUACUCGUCGACAACGGCAGCUCAGCGGACAUCCUGUACUAUCUAGCAUUCCAGCAGAUGAGAAUUGACAGGGAACAAUUGUCCCCAAUGAACGCCCCACUCGUAGGAUUUGGGGGCGCAAAGAUAUUCCCUUUGGGCGCAAUAACUCUAACAGUGACAGCAGGUGACUAUACUCAGCAAAUCACUAAGGAAGUAACAUUUCUCGUGGUCGACUGCUCGUCCGCCUAUAACGCCAUCCUCGGCCGACCAACUCUCAAUUCCUGGAAGGCGGUGACUUCAACGUACCACCUAAUGAUUAAAUUCCCGACAGAGUACGGGGUAGGAGAGCUACGGGGAAAUCAAGUCGCUGCCCGAGAGUGCUAUAUUGCCAUGAUAGAAAUGGAGGAUCAACAGCAGACGAUGUGUAUCGGGAAACAGAAAGUAACGGCAGAGCCAGUUGAAGAGCUAGAAGAAGUAAGUCUGGACGACGCACAGCCUGAACAGACGACCAAAAUUGGCACGCUAGCCAGUUGGCCGGUGUGA